UUCAGUUUUGAUUUUGAGAGCAUGCAACCUCUUCUCCGCUGCCUUGUCGCGCUGGCGCUGCUGAGCGCGACCGUCGUCGGCCAUAUCCAAGUCGACGUCCGCGCGCGCAAGGUGCCCCUGCGCGGUGUGAACCUCGGUGGCUGGCUCGUGGCGGAAAACUGGAUGACGCAGGACGCGUCCAUUUGGAACGACGUACCAAACCACGAGUGCGAGCACGGCGAGUACCAUGCCAUGAAGGCGCUCGGACACAAGGGCCAAGCCGCUUUUGAACGCCACCGCAGCACGUUCAUCACCGAAGCCGACGUGGAGGCCGUCGCCGCCGCCAAGUUCAACACUGUCCGCGUGCCCGUCGGAUACUGGAUCCAAGGCUGUGAUCACAUCAAGGACGACACGAUCAAAAAGCAGUGCUCGGUGUAUGCUGAGAACGGCCUUUCGUACCUCGAUGCGCUCGUCAAGAAGUGGGCGCUCAAGCACAACGUGGCGGUGCUGAUCAGCCUGCACGGUGCGCCCGGCUCGCAGAACGGCAAAGACCACAGCGGCGUCGUCGACGGUAUUCAGUGGGGCGACGAAGCGACAGUCGCCGCCACAAAGACGUUUGCACACUUUCUCAUCGACCGGUACCAGCACGAGCCCGCGUUCCUGGGGCUUGGCUUGCUCAACGAACCAUCCGCGGACCUGGACCUCAAGGUGCUCAAGCAAUACUACAACGACAUGUACCACGAGCUCCGCGCCAAGACCGACUGCAUCCUCGUCAUGAUGCCGCAGCUCCAGCUGCAGCUCACGGGGCAGCUCGAGGACCUCGACAAGUCGAUGACAAACGUCUGGGUCGAGUGGCACCCAUAUCUUAUUUGGGGCUACGAAGACUACGACGAAGACAAGCUUUUGCACAAGAACGGCGUCGACGACCUCACCAAGCGCAUUUCGUCCUGGAAAGGCCACCCGCUCCUCUUUGGCGAGUGGAGCUUUGUGACGGCCAACGGCACCUUCAAGAAGCUUGACGCCUUCCAGCCGUUCAUGCGCAAGAUGCUCAACACGAUGAACGCUGCGGGCGCCGGCUGGACGUACUGGACGUGGAAGGUGGCGGGCGACGACACCAUGUACGACGGCCAGAACCGCUGGAGCAUGCGUCAGAUGCUGCAUCGGCUGCCUCACGAUGCGUCGAACGACACGUCGUCGUACAACAACGCGGCCGUGCUCUCGUUCAAGAGCGGCGCCAACGUGACGGUGGCCACGUCGAUGCUGGCAACGGAUGAGAACUGGGUGGCCUUUUUUGGUCCGCCGCCGGUCGAGCGCUGGGCGUACGACACAAAUACGCAGCAGCUCCGGUCGUCGGUCUCGGGCCUCUGCCUCGACGCCUCGUACGGCACCACGUCGGCGUAUGCGGCGCUCGACAUCAAGGGCUACCCGUGCCAGCGCAUCAACUACAACCAAAAAUGGAUCUUCCGCAACCACCAGCUCGUGUACCGACCCAACAGCAAGUGCUUGGCGGCGUCCACCAAGAUGUCGUUGACGCUCGUCGAUUGCGACACUUCGUCGCCCGACCAGACGCUGCACAUCAUCUCCGACGGCACCGACAGUAGCAAGGACGGCAGCAAGAACAGCAGCGGCAAGAACGACAGCAGCAGUCGUAGCCACGACGGCAGUAGCAGCGGUAGCCACGACGACGACAGACCUGCGCCGGUGCGCAUCUUUCUCAACUCGACCGGCGCCCGCCUCGUGCUGUACCGCAACGAGACGGUCCAGUUUCGCGCGCGCAAGUACCCGUACGAUGGCGGCGUGUGGCUGCUGCGCACGACCGAUGGGCUCCUAAAACACUCUGCAUCGAGCCUUUGCCUUCAGAGCGACGACGACACGAAGCGCGUUGCGCUUGCCGCGUGCGACGACAACGACAUGAGCAUGCAGUGGGCCUACGACGAGAAGACGCUGCGGCUGACGCACGGUGACGGCGCCUCCUGCUUGGAUGCGCGGCGACCGAUGCAGCCCACGAUCGCCAAGUGCUCGCGCGCUACCUCCCAGCGCUUUUCGCUGCAGCCGACCGACCAAUCCAGCACCUAGACAUACGUUGUCGUCCUCGUGACUAACUUAAUCCAUCCCGUGGCUAUGUCCAUGAUGUAAGAUAGCGCCGAC